CCCAAGCAGCUUAAGCAGCUCCUACUCGUCCCCCACCUCCAUUAAUCGCAUUCCGCCCACCGCCGCCGCCGUCCACUGCCUCAUUUAGUCUACUAACCUCUACUACCCAUACAAUACCUAAUAUAAAACGAGUUUGUGGUUUUGGCUCCUAAAAUCGAAAUAUUUUGGACCCAAAAGUAAAAAAAAAAAAAUUAAUAAGGGGAUAAUUGAAAGCAAGAAAUGGGGAAGGGGGAGAAAAUGGGUUUAGGGAGAGCUCUGGUGAAACACCAUAAUCAGAUGAUCCAAGAUAGUAAAGAGAAAGGGAGGUUUUACAGGGGCCAAAACAAGAAAGUUCUGGAAUCCGUUACCGACGUUAGCGAUAUCGACGCCGUAAUCGAGCAGGCUGACGAGGCUCACCGGUUCUUCUCCGAUAACAAUCCACCUGUCAACGUGCUCAUCAAUUUAGACUCUAGUUCCAGCACCAGUGAGAUGACACCUGAAGAAAGACGGGAGCAACAGAAGAAAGAGGAGGCUUUGCAUGCCAGCAGUCUUCGGGUUCCACGCAGGCCACCAUGGAAUUCCAAAAUGUCAGUGGAAGAGCUUGAUGCUAAUGAACGACAAGCAUUUUUGGCUUGGCGCCGCAGCCUUGCCAGGCUUGAGGAGAAUGAGAAGCUUGUUCUGACUCCAUUUGAGAAAAACCUUGAUAUAUGGAGACAGCUUUGGAGGGUGGUUGAACGGAGUGACCUGCUUGUUAUGGUAGUUGAUGCACGAGACCCACUCUUCUAUCGGUGCCCUGAUUUGGAGGCAUAUGCACAAGAAGUUGAUCAGCACAAAAGGACAUUGCUUCUUGUCAACAAGGCAGAUCUUUUACCUCUUUCUGUCAGAGAGAAGUGGGCAACAUACUUCCGCCUUCAUGGGAUUCUCUUUAUAUUCUGGUCAGCUAAGGCUGCUUAUGCAGCUUUGGAGGGGAAGAAGAUCAGUAGCUCCUCUAGAAUGCAAAAUGAGCAGCUAGAAUCCGUUGAUUCUGAGACAAAGAUAUAUGGUAGGGAGGAACUACUGGCCCGUUUACAGUCUGAAGCUGAAGAAAUUGUUUCCAUGAGAAAUGGAUCGGCACCAAAUAACAGUAGCCCACCUUAUGAUUAUUCUUCUGAAGAGAAUUUAUUUGAAAAUACUGUAUCUAAGAGUGUAAUUGUGGGAUUUGUGGGUUAUCCAAAUGUGGGAAAGAGUUCAACAAUAAAUGCUUUGGUAGGGGAGAAGCGGACAGGUGUAACCUCAACUCCUGGGAAGACAAAGCAUUUCCAAACAUUGAUCAUAUCUGAGAAGCUUACACUAUGUGAUUGCCCUGGUUUAGUCUUCCCAUCCUUUACAAGCUCAAGAUACGAGAUGAUUGCUUCAGGUGUUUUGCCUAUUGAUCGGAUGACUGAGCAUAGGGAAGCUGUACAGGUUGUGGCAAAUCGAGUACCUAGACAAAUGAUUGAGGAUGUCUACAAUAUCUCCUUGCCCAAACCCAAGUCUUAUGAACUACAAACUCGACCCCCCCUGGCCUCUGAGCUUUUAAGAGCAUAUUGCGCAUCUCGGGGGUAUGUUGCUGCAAGUGGGCUGCCAGAUGAAACAAGAGCUGCUCGCCAAAUUUUGAAGGAUUACAUUGAUGGCAAGCUGCCUCAUUAUGAGCUGCCCCCAGGAAUGGCCGAUGAGGAAACUGCCAUGAAAGAUACAGUCGGAAUCUGCCUAUCCGACACAUAUGAAUCAGAUUCUUCUGAUGCUGAAAAUCCUUCAGUUAGUGAACAUGAAGGUGGCCCCAGUUUAGAGCAUGUGCUGAAUGAUCUGAAUUCAUUUGACAUAGCAAACGGACUUUCUUCAGUUCAGGGACAGGUUAGGAAGAAGAAACCCUCAACUGCACCCCAUAAGCAACACAAGAAACCUCAAAGAAAGAAAGAUCGCACAUGGAGGGUCAAAGAUGAUGAAGGAGAUGGAAUGCCGGUGGCCAGGGUUUUCCAGAAGCCUGUGAAUACAGGCCCUCUAAUGCCUUAAUUGGCUCAUCUUGAGAGUUGAUAUUGGCAAAAGUUUUCAUCCUGAUUGGUAGUGCCAGGUGCUGGCCGUUGGUUCCAGUCCUCCAGCAGCUGGCCGUAGCUCAUGUGAGAUACAUAUGGAGUGGACUGCGGGCUUAGAGAAUGUCUUAAUGAGAAACUAGCCAGCUGAUUCGGGGAUAUAUUUUGGACUAAAUGGCCAUGACAUUUGUCAAACUGGGUAAAGAAUGUCUAGGUUGUGUGUAACUUAAUAGGUAGUAUUUGAUAUGACGAAUUGACUAUAGAGUUGUAAAAGUCAUAAAUUUUAUCUUUCAGUUCCAAGAAAAUGAAAUUUUGGUA